AGCUCGUUCAUGUUUACACUUACAACAACAAAAUGAUAUCAUAACACAGUAAAAAACAAAGAAACCUAGAAUUUUGAGGAAAUUUAUUAAAUUAAAAGUAAAAGAAGAAACUCAGAGUAAUAAUAUCUUUACUUGGGUAUAUACAGCAAAUUGUAAAACGGCUUGUCUGGAUUAUGAGUGGUGGAAAAUACAUAAUGCCCUAAAAUGGGCAAACUAAGAUUUCCUUGUCAAACGCAUAGACCACCCCCACCAGAUAGUGAGCUACGAUAAGGCCAUCAUACAUAAGUACUUUUUUAUCGUAUCCACAAUAUGAAUGAUUGUUGCGGCAGCGAAAUGCGAAGUGAAUCCAUUUCAAAUAUGUUAAAUGUCAUAGUCGAAUCUAAAAUUAUCAGUAUUGAGGUAUUCACAGCGGCUGUGGGCAUUCUGUUUAUGGUGGUCAUGCUUAAAAACAAACUCUGGAGUUUCUGUGGCACUUGAAAGUUGUUCAAAACUUUGGCGGAUGACACAAGAAUCUAUACUACUACUACUUACACCUAGAAUAUACAUUUUAUUCAACAUUAUGAAAAUAGAAUUAUUUUAUGAUACAUAAGAAAAUUUUUGCAAAAUUUAUGUUAAUGCAAAUUGUGUAAAUAUACCAGUAUUUAAUGGUAAUUUUAA